CGCUGGCAAUGGUGCUGGAUAGAAAAUAAUCAAAAUACUAUUUUAGCAAAUGAUUCGGAAUGCAAAUCUAAAUAACAAUUUGGGAAUAUCGAAAUUCAGUAAAAUAUGAUGAAAUACCUAGUAUUGUUAAAGCUUUAAAGUUUACCUGGAAUAGUCAUUUUCAGCUGCUUCUGAAUUCAAUGCUUUCAUGAACCUGUAUAAUGAAGAUAUUUGUGGGUAACCUUCCAUCUGAUUGUGCUCGUGCUGAUAUCAUUGACCUGUUUGAAAAGUAUGGAAGUGUUAAAGAUUGCGACAUAAUCAAAAACUAUGCCUUUGUGCAAAUGGACGAUGAAGAUGAUGCAAAGGAUGCCAUUGAGUCACUGAGCAAGUCAAAGUUCAUGGGAAAUGACCUAACAGUUGAAGAAUCCACUAGCCGGCCACGAAAUACUCAAAAACUGUAUGUUGGUAAUUUAUCAUCAGCGACAAGUCGUAGAGAUUUGGAGAAAAUGUUUGAUAAGUAUGGCGAUGUUACGUCUUGCGAUAUCAUUAAAGAUUAUGCAUUCGUUCAUAUGGCGAAAGAAAGAGAUGCUGAGAAAGCGAUCAGAGAUCUGCAUGGAGUCACCGUCGAUGGUCGCAAACUCAUUGUUGACUUUUCUCGGAGUGAAAGCGAGAGACGUGGACUUGGUCGCUAUGGUUCUGGUGGUGGCAGAGGAUAUAGGGAUUAUAACGACAGGUACAACGAUUACAGCUAUAAUCGUGGUGGGUAUGGUGGUGGAUAUCACAGGGGUGGGGGCGGAUACUACAAUAAUUAUAGGGGCUACAAUGGUGGUGGGGGUGGCCGAUAUAAUUCGUACAACAGAGACCGUUCUCCUGUAAGGAGGCGUCGCGUGACUAGAUCCAGGUCCCGAAGCAGAAGUCCUUCUAAAAGCCCGUCAAGAUCUCCAAGUCGAAGCCCAGAGAGGCAGAAGUCUGAAAGUCGAAGCCCAAAGCAACGUAGAAAGCGCACACAUAGCCGACACAGUCCUUCCAAGUCUCCUUCUCGUUCACCUGACCGCAGAAGUACAUCGUCAAAAAGCAAAUAAACAGCAUACAACCUCAUCAGAUUUCUACAGGGCGCUGGAUUCAAAACAUAAAGACUGCAUAUUUGUAAUAUAACUAAACUGUUACAGCAUCAUCAUGAUGUUAAUACACCUUUUAUUAUUGAUGUAAUGUGGUUUGGGAACACUGUUACUUGAAUGCAUCGCUCAUGAAAUGACUCGUACAUGGUCGGCUAUAUUUUGUAGCGACGGGUUUAAAACAUUUGAUUUGCCUAGAAAUCACAACGAAUCCUGGUUGUUGUUCAGCAUUUGAUACCAAGUGAUUUUCGUGUGUUAAAGGUAUUAAUAAGUAGGCGCAGAGACUAUAUUUUGGGUUUGGAGGUUAUGAUAGUUUCAAUAUCGCAAUUAUCAGUUUGUUUUCAUUCGAAAAUAUUGUAAUAAAAUGUCAAAUUAUUGCAAUUUGUUAAAUUGGUGACACAGGAAUAUGCCGAAAAUGAAAAUCAUUUUAAUACAGUCGUUAAUAAGGCGUCCUACGAUACGAUAACAUUUGAAUGUAUGAUCUCAUCGUUGUUUAAAGUGAUCACUCUGCGAUGUACAUUAUCCAUCUUUGUAGGUGAUAGUGCUGAUUUGAAUGAUGGGUGUGAUAUGCUUGGAAUGCCAUG